AACAUAACCAUUCACGUUUGAACUUGCUAAUAUAUAGAUUGACGCUGACGCUGAAGGUCGUGUAAUGCCACAAAAUACCAGUCUGAUAUGAACCGAUUAAAACAAAUUCACGCCUUUACCAUUCGAAAUGGUAUAGACCACACUAAAACUCUCAUAGUAGAAGCACUAAAAAUCCCAAACAUCUCUUACGCCCACAACCUUUUCAACCUUAUUCCCAGCCCAACUGCCUUUCUCUACAACAAGCUCAUUCAAGCCUACUCCUUUCAAAGCCAACCCUACCGAUGCCUCUCUCUUUACUCCCAAAUGCGCUUCAAAAACUGCCUUCCCAACGAGCACACCUUCACAUUCCUCUUCGCUGCUUGUAUCUGCUUUUCCUCCGACCUCCAUGGCCAAAUCCUUCACACCCAUUUGUUAAAAUCCGGUUUUAAUUUUGAUAUCUUUGCCCUGACAGCUUUAGUUGACAUGUACGCUAAGUUGGGCAAGUUACGGUCGGCCCGCCAUGUGUUCGACGAAAUAACUUUUAAAGAUAUACCCACUUGGAAUGCGUUAAUUGCAGGUUAUUCAAGGUGUGGGAAUAUGGAGGAAGCUUUAGAUUUGUUUAGACGGAUGCCUUAUAAGAAUGUGGUUUCAUGGACCGCAAUGAUAUCUGGAUACUCGCAGAAUGGAGAGUAUGCUAAGGCGUUAGAAAUGUUUCUGAAUAUGGAGAAGGAGAAAGGUUUAGCGCCAAAUGAAGUAACUAUUGCAAGUGUGCUUCCAGCAUGUGCAAAUCUGGGGGCAUUGGAAGUAGGAGAGAGGAUUGAAGCGUAUGCCAGAAAAAAUGGACUAUUAAGUAAUAUGUAUGUCAGCAAUGCCUUAUUGGACAUGUAUGCAAGGUGUGGUAAAAUCGAUGUGGCCAGGCAAGUGUUUGACGAGAUUAUUGGCAAGAGGAAAAAUUUGUGCUCUUGGAAUUCAAUGAUCAUGGGCUUGGCUAUCCAUGGAAGAAGUCAUGAUGCUCUGCAACUUUAUAACCAAAUGAUGAGAGAAGGAACUGCACCUGACGACGUCACAUUUGUAGGACUUCUCUUAGCAUGUACUCAUGGAGGUAUGGUUGUAAAAGGGCGGCAACUUUUUCAAUCAAUGGAAAGAAAGUUCAGGAUUUCACCUAAAUUGGAACACUAUGGCUGCAUGGUUGACCUCUUAGGGCGUGCUGGGGAACUGCAGGAAGCUUAUGAAAUUAUAAAGAGUAUGCCAAUGAGACCAGAUUCUGUAAUAUGGGGAGCAUUACUAGGUGCUUGCAGUUUUCAUAAAAAUGUUGAACUAGCAGAAAUAGCUGCAGAGUCUCUCUUUGAACUAGAGCCGUGGAAUCCAGGAAACUAUGUGAUCCUUUCCAAUAUUUAUGCAACAGCAGGCCGAUGGGAUGGAGUCGCAAUGCUUAGAAAGCUGAUGAAGGGUGGCCAUAUUACUAAAGCAGCAGGAUAUAGUUUUAUUGAAGAAGAAGGUGAAAUUCAAAAGUUCAUUGUGGGAGAUGUAUCACACCCGAGGUGUGAGGAAAUUUAUAGGUUAUUGAAUGAAUUUUCAGCUACCAUGAAGCUACAAAGUGUAGCUAAUUUUGAAUCUGAACUUCAAGAACUAUGUUUAAUAGAGUAGACUUGAUUAAUUGUUUUCAUUAACAUUGUCAGCAUAAUGUGAUGAAAUGAAAUGUAUUUUAGCACAUUCAUUACAUUAAAAAUGUGAUAUCAGAAAUGUGUUUAAUUAUAUUACAUAACAUUA